AUGUAUAACUUAAUACUUAAAUCAACGUAUAAAAUGCCGAGAAAUUCUAUAUAUAAAUGUAAUACGGAAGAAAUAAUUAACUACCGAUUAUCGGUUGUUAAAUUUGCAAAAGACGUUAAGGAGAUUGAAAAAACGAUAAAUUGUGGGAGGAUAGAAAUGCUUUUAACUCAAGCGAAAAAUGAAUAUAAUUUAUGUCAAAAAAUGAUAGUUUGGAAACCUUGGGAAUCAUUAAUACAAGAACCUUCGCCUUCACAAUGGAAAUGGCCUCAAUACGCAGAAUAA